CUUCCCAGUGUGCGUGUUCGUGCAGUGGUGAUGACACGUGAUGACUCCAGUGGCGGCUGGGUGCCCCUAGGAGGUGGCGGCCUUAGUCAUGUGGUCAUAUGUAAGGGGCGGAGUCAUGAAGGUAGAGGACGGAGAGAGUACAUCAUACGAGGAGAACGGCUGCGAGAUCGAGCUCCGGUGUUGGAGUGUGCAGUGCAAAGAGGACUGGUCUACAACAAAGUAAACCCCAUCUUCCAUCAUUGGAGAGUUGAAGAUCGCAAGUUUGGCCUCACUUUCCAGAGUCCUGCUGAUGCCAUCUCCUUUGAAAAAGGGUUGCAGGCUGUUAUAGACAAACUCGAUAGAGGCUCAGACUCCCCCUCAUCCUCAACCCCUGAAGAGGCUGACACCGAAGAUGAUGGACAAGCUUCCCAUACAGGAAGUGAGUCAUCGUCAAACAGUCGGAAGGAAAUGCUUCCCAAACCCAUCACCAUCGUCACAAGUGAAUCUUCAUCUACCUGUUUUGUACGAGCAGAGGAAUUUGGCUUUGGCUCCAGUCAUGCUGUCACAACACAAACUCCUGCUCAGAUACACACCCGGCCCGGACAGCACCAGCUUUCACAAAUGUCUGCUGUUUUGAAUCCCCCUGCUCCUCCGCCUCCUCCACCUGCUCCUCCAACGCCCACUGUUGGUCCCCCUGCAUCAUCUCCUCUGUCCCCUCUGUCUCCUACCAUUUCACUGCUGGAAGAGGGAGACCUGCGCAGCGUUGACCCCUGCAAAGACCUGUGGGGCUCCAGGGGCUAUGAGGACUACCGCCGAGCCGGUGCUACCAGGACUAUGGUGGGGGGCCUGACAGGAGGUGUGGUUGUGGGCAGUGGAGUUAGUUUACAGGACAAGUCUGAGCUGUGUGUGGUGCGAUUUGAGAAGGAGCUGGCAGGAGUGGGAACAACAGGCUGUGAUGUGACCGUGAGUUUGGAUAGUAAAGCGUCCCAACGUCUGUCCUCAUCCUCCCCAACUUGCAUGUCCAUGUCCAACGCUGUCUCCGGGAUGUCUUCGGGUGGCGGCUCACCCCAGGACACAGGUAAAGGGUCCCCUUCACCUUGCUGCAUACACACCUCAUUGGCUACACCUAGAUCACGGACUCGUAAGAGAGGGGGCGGGGCUAGCAGUAGUGGUGACCCUGGGGUGAUAUCCCCGGAUGAUGACAGCCCGUGUCCCCAGGCCUCAUCGUCAUGCUCGUCCCGCUGUGUCUACUGCCGUUCUGUGUUCAGCGCAUCUGAAAACGGGAGGGGGCGCUGUAGAGAUGCCCCUGACCCGGCCCUGCACUGCCUGCGCCAGUGGACAUGUGUGUGGUGCGCAGAGAGUCUGCUCUACCACUGCAUGUCGGACUCGGAGGGAGAGUUUUGGGAGCCGUGCUCAUGUGAUGACUCACUGGGGGGCCAUCCGCACCCUCUCUGCUGUGCGCGCUGGUUGGCCCUCCUAGCCCUGUCAGUCUUUGUGCCCUGCAUGUGCUGCUACCUGCCUUUGCGCGCCUGCCUGCGCUGUGGAGAGAGGUGUGGCUGCUGUGGGGGAAAGCACAAAGCAGUGCGAUGAGACCAGGCGCAGGGGUGGGAGGGGUUCCCUGGACCAAAUGUGGUUUGGAUGUUGAGAUUAGAGAGCACCUAUAGGCACGCACUACAUGGAGCAAGUGGUUUAUAGUGUUCUCAGCAGAUCCAGGCCCUCCAAAGCCCUAUGGCCUUCCACUGCAUUCCUGCUCUUUGUCUGUGCAACCCGGGGCACUCCUCCAGGCCCCUGCCUGCUGAAGGUGCACUGUGCUCACAAGGAUCUGUGGGUGUCAUCUUAAGCCUUCAUAGUGGAUCUGCAGAGUUGGCCAUCUUCAGACACCCGUAAGAGAAGGGCAAAGAUGAUGUGUACACUGUUUCAAAUGUUUUGUUUCUUUUUAUUUAGAAAGAAAAACACAAAAACUAAAGAUGUUUAUAUAUAUAAUUGUUAUAAUUUUAAUUGGUAUAUUUUAUUAAAUGUUGAACAUAUUGAAAGAACCCCCCAGUGACACACAUUCAAAACAUGGUGGAGAAGUAAUCUGUUUUGUGCUAGCCUGUUUAUCCAUCAGAUAAGCAGAUAUCACCCUUUACCUCUGAUUUUACCUCAGAUCCCCAGGUAAAGAAGUCAAAGUACGGAGAGGUCCCAUGAUUGUUGUCUUUUGAUUGAGUAGUAGAUUGCCACAAAAGAACACUUUUCAGAUGUGAUUGAGGGAAGUUGCAAUGACAACCACUAAGACUAAAAGUCAAAAUGUUAUUCAUUGUGGUCCUUGGUAACCAUAAAAUGGGGAUUUUUUUGUAAUCAUAAAAUCCAAAAUAUGUGUCAAUCAUUAAAAUCACAUUGAUUAUUUCAUUUACCUAUGUAUUUGUAAAAUAUUACACAUAUAAGACAUUACAUCUUACCACUAUACUUGUUGAAUCAGUCAAGGUGCUUACAACUGAGGCCUCUGAUUGAGUUUAUUCUACCUAAUGUACAAAAGCGUCAUAUAGUCCCAAAGACCAGUGAAGCAGGACCCUAUGGUGACAAAUCUUUAGAUGUGUCUUGGCCUUUAAGGUAGACACUACCAAAAAUAAGUGCAAUGAACAGUACAAGAAUCAAUGGUAUAUACUCGGUAUAUAACUAUACAGUAAAGGAGUUAAUGGUCACACAUACAGUAUUACUAUGUUGAAAAACAAAACAGUAAUGAUACUAGCGACACAACUGUGAUGGGCAGCAUGCAAGUCUGAACAUGCAUACUGCAGACACAUCAACCUGAAAAUAAUGGACCAAGCUCUUUGUGAGGGAACAGCUUAGGGUAUGUUUGUUGAAUGUUGCUUUAAAUAUAAAUGGAAACGCUGCUAUUUAGCCCUGUUCACCUGCAAAGUGGUGCAACAACUAACCAGAAUUUAGACAAAAUAUGGACAACAUACCAAGUCACUGCAAAACAGUGAAAAGUGUAAGAAAGGCUUUUAUCAGCUUGGAUUAUUGAGAUAAAGCUGUUGUACUUUUAUGUGCAUUGCUUUAUUGGAAUGCAUAAAGGUGCAGUGUAUAGGAUUUGCAUUUUUUGUUUUCCGUUUUUGCAACAUUUUUCCUUUCUUUUCAUCAUUCAUUCAUCAGAAUAUUCAUCAGAAUAGUUGUCUUUUUACAGAAUAUGAAAAAUUAUUUCUCACUCUGUGUUACUAAAUCCUGCACAGUGCACCUUUUAAAAAGAAAAAAAAUCAAUUAGCUUGAACGGUGCUUAACAGUAUAAUAUUCAGGAUUUCUUAGACAGUAUUUGUAAACAGGCUUCUUCACACCUAUUUUAUUUGUUUUAUACUGAUUUCUGAAGCUAUAUGAGUGUUCUGUUAUAGCUCUAUGUAUAUUGGUUUAAAUUUGAGCAAGAAUUUAAUGCAUUGGGCAUCCAUCUCACAGUUCAGACACCACUACAUUGUGUUAAGAGAUCUACAGUAAAUUGUAACAUACAUUUGGAAAAUCCUGCAUAUUAUACAUUUAGCAGUCACACAGGGUAUUUUUUAAUAACAAAUAUUAACAUUUCAAAAAGAAAUACACAGGCUGUGUAAAAUUUGUGUAAAAUUAAAUCUGUAUUAAAAUAUAUGAGGCAGUUCCUUUUACAGUAACAGCACUGUGUGCGUUUAAGAAAUUAUGGCUAUUACAGUGUUGUGUAGACAUAAUGUGGUGCCUGGAGACCCUGGUUUAUGGCAGAAUGAACCUUUCAGAAGCUUCAUCAAACUUACAUUUAGGUUUAGCCAAGAACUGUUAUCCAAAGUGACUUAAUGUGAGUGAACAGGCAGCAGGCAGUCAUGAUAUCUGACAUGGCCCAGGCCUUUCUGCCAACAGUGAAGAAGAUAUUGUGUCAAAAUGGCGGGGAACACAAACCUAGUUGGUCACGAGACUGCCAUUUUCUGAUCUUGAAUUACCCGUCUCACCCACACACACCCACUCCCCACAAUUCUGCAGUGCGAAUCCUGCACACUGACGCACAUGUUCACUCAAUGGUGCAGACACAACUAGUAAAGCCAUUGCACACAGUUUGCUACUUCUGGUUCAUAUUUAGUGUUAGAGGAGAGGACAGCACUGACAGUCAUGCAAUCACACCUGCAGGCCCCAUUCUUACAUCUUAAUAAAUGUGCCUUUUGAUUUGAUUAAUCAAUAACUUAUUAUUUCCAAGUAACUCUGUAUUAAGUACUCUUUACAUUUUGGGUUAUUGAUUUUUGCCAAUGUGCAUAUUUUUAAUUGUAUGUAUUUAUUUAUGUUUCAAAGUAAUUCUUGAAAUAUUACCUGUUUAUUUAUUUAUUGAGAUAUUUAUUCUGAUUCUUUAUUUUUUGAGACAGGUUUUUAUCUUCCGUGCUGUCUUACUUCUGACUUUGUGCCAAUGUGCUGCUUUGA